UUUCCCACAACUGCCACCUUUCGCAUGUUAGGUUACAUAGGACCCCCUGAUCGAGGUUAGGAACGACAGCGGCAUAUCGCGCAUAUGGAGCAAGCUCUGUUCUACAAAACAGUUCUGCUGAAUGCUGAUCAGAGACCCGUACUGUAAACGUAGACUGCACUGCACAGGGGCACCUGUGUUCUCACAAGGUUUUUGGCUUAAGUCGUCGCAACACGGAAGUGCGCGUCCUGAGGAAAAACGGUUCUCACCAUUAACGCGUGCGUCUUGUUGGCAUUCCGAUUGUUAUAUGCUUUUAUACUGAAAAACAAAUGGCCUACGACGAGUAAAUGUUAACAAAAGAGGAGUCUUCCGUCUGUCGUGCUGUUCGGUGAGGUCGUGUGAUAGAGAGCCUGACGGUGAAAGAGAGGAGGAGCCCAGCGGUCAGCCAAGCGUGGAGGACAAGGAGCAGGAGGCACGCCUCAUAAACCCCACAGAGUCGACUGAGAAAAGAAAAGAAGGGGACAUCACUUCCUCCUUUCCCCCCCUCUCUUUCGCCUCCUUCAACCUCUCCUCGCCUGCUCUUCCCCACCACCCCCUUCUUCUUGCUCUCUGUCUUUCUCUCUCUCUCUCUCUCUCUCUCCUUCCUUCCCUCCCUCUCUCGUUUGGAGGAUGUGGCAAACCAAAUUCAUGGUCGCCAUGGUCCUCGCCAGCAGUCUGGUCCUCGUUCUUUUCUACUCGUCCCUCAACUUGGACGAGCUCCGCAGACAGAAGGCGUUCGUGGAGGCGGCGGCGGCGGGGGCGGGGGCGGGGGCGGGGGCGGGGCCGGCGGCGGGGGCGGAGGCAGCCACCGUUCCCGCCGCGGCAUUCUGGCGCAACGCCAGCGCGACGACCGCUGCCUACCAGCAGACGUCCGCCAGGCCCGAGCGGCGGAGCGAAGCGGUCCCCGUCUCGAUCUCCGCGGGGUUCAGGCAGGCCGUCCCGCCGAGCAGCGCCUACUGGAACCGCCGGCUGCACGCCCUCCUGAAGCUGCUGGACUCGGGCGGGAACGUCACGGAGAGCGAGGCCCUCGGGUGGGCCGGCUGCGGCGCCACCAGCACGGAGAUGCUGGUGACCAACAUCCAGGAUUUCGGGUCCUACCCGCCUCUGUACCAGGGCUUCCUGCAGGGCAUGGAGUGCCGGGACCCCCCCGUCCUGAUCGACCAGCCGGACAAGUGCGCCUCGGACGGGCGGAAAGGGGACGUCUUCCUCCUCCUCGCCAUCAAGUCCGUCCCCCGGAACUUCGAGAGUCGGCAGGCCGUGCGGAAGACCUGGGGGCGGGAGGGGGAGUACGAGGGCGGGCUGAGGGUGCGCACCGUGUUCCUUCUGGGGCGCUCCCCGCCCGAGGACCCGGACCUGGAGGCGCUGCUCACCUUCGAGGCGCGCUACUACCGGGACGUCCUGCAGUGGGACUUCCGGGAGUCCUUCUACAACCUGACGCUGAAGGACAACGCCUUCAUGGGCUGGGCCGCCCGGCGCUGCCCCGGGGUCGCCUUCGUCUUCAAGGGCGACGACGACGUCUUCGCCAACACGCCGGCCAUGCUGGCCUACCUGCUCUCCCUGGAGCCCGCCAGGGCCGCCGCGCUCUACGCGGGCCACGUCGUCGCCAAGGCCAGCCCCUUCCGCGACGCCAAGAGCAAGUACUACGUCCCCGUCAGCUUCUACGAGGGCGCCUACCCGGCCUACACCGGAGGGGGCGGCUUCCUGUUCUCGGGCUCGUUGGUUCGCCCGCUCCUGGCGGUCUCGCGCUUCGUCCCCUUCUUCCCCAUCGACGACGUCUACACGGGGAUGUGCUUCCAGGCCCUGGGCGUCGCCCCCGCGGCGCACGGCGGCUUCCAGACCUUCGACAUCCGCGAGCAGGACCGGCAGAACGCCUGCGUGCACCGGGGCCUGCUCCUGGUGCACCGGCGCAGUCCGCAGCAGACGCUCAGGCUCUGGAAGGACAUGCACAGCCCCCUGCUCACCUGCUGACCUGGCGGGACCCCGGAUCUCCUCCCCUUCACCCCCCCCUCCCCUCCGGGACCCAAGUUCUCCUCCCUUACCCCU